AUGGAAGGAGCCUCUCAGUCGCCGGAAGAGCGAAGUCGGAGACCGAGUGAUAAUGGUCGUGCGACGAUGAGGCUUCCCGACAAGGUCCGUUCUGGUCUUGACGUUGAGUCCAGUCCCUACAAUAUCGACUUAACUUGGACCAGUGGCUUGAGUGAAGAAAAUGCGCUCAAGGUAUAUGUCAGAGGAGGUUUGUUUGAAAAGUCUCGAGAAUUGUUAGCUGAACUGCAAGCUAAGGGCUACGCCGAAGAUGAGAUGCCAUACUGUUUAUUGAUGAAUGCACUUGCUAAGACUGGACAGAUCAAUGAAGCUAAAUCAGUUUUUGAUGAAAUGCUUGAGAAAUGCGUUAGCUCGGAUGGUUAUUCCUACAGUAUCAUGAUUUCAGCAUUCUGCAGAGGCGGGCUUUUGGAAGAAGCAAAGCAGUUGGCCAAGGAUUUUGAAGCAAGAUAUGACACAUACGACUUGGUGAUGUUUAACACUAUGCUCUGUGCUUACUGCAGAGCAGGCGAUAUGGAGAGCGUAAUGGAAAUGUUAAAGAAAAUGGAUGAAUUAGCUAUCAGUCCUGAUUAUAAUACCUUUCAUAUCCUAAUAAAAUAUUUCUUUAAGGAGAAGUUGUAUUUGCUUGCUUACCGAAUGACAGUGGACAUGCACAAUAAAGGCCAUCAAUUAGAUGAGGAACUCUGUUCCUCCCUAAUAUUUCAUCUUGGUAAGAUGAAGGCACACCCCGAUGCUUUUUCUGUCUACAAUAUGUUGAGAUAUGGAAAAAGCACCAUGUGCAAGGCUAUCCAUGAAAAGAUUCUCUACAUUUUAAUCACUGGCCGGCUUUUGAAAGAUGCCUAUGUUGUAGUAAAGGACAAUGGAGAGUUGAUUUCCACGCCUGCUAUGAAAAAGUUUACAACUAUAUUUAUUAAGUCAGGAAACAUCAAUUCAAUAAAUGAUGUUUUGAAAGUGAUCCAUGGUUUCGGCUGCAAGAUUGAUGAGGAAAUAUUUCAGAUGGCCAUAUCACGUUAUAUUAUGAAGCCUGAAAAGAAGGAUUUACUUAUUCAACUUCUGCAAUGGAUGUCCCCACAUGAUUAUACUGUUGAUUCAUCUACAAGAAACCUAAUCCUGAAGAACUCUCACUUAUUUGGUCGCCAACUUAUUGCUGAAAUACUGUCCAAGCAGCAUACUAUGUUAAAAGCUCCAAAAUCUGAUAAAAACGAUGGAUUGCUCGUUGAACAGUUGCAGAUCAACCCCUCUUUUGUAGAGAGCUUUCCAUUUGACUGAUACAACAAAUCUCUCUCCGAAAUUUGCACUGGUAAGUGUAUCAAACCUAUGUUUUUUUAUAUUCUCAUGCUUCUGUUGUUGUAUCGUGCAAGGAAUGAAUAAUGCCUGAUUAUGUAACAAGAAAUUAGAAGUUCUGCUUAUACUAGGUCUGUUCGGUAACCAUUAAAAAAUAGUUUUUCAUUUUUUUAAUUAUAAAUUUCAAAAUAAAGUAAAGAAACAUGUUCGGUAGGUGACUCUUGCUUUUUAUUUUUUAAUUUAGAAAUAAAAAUAAAGUAAAUUUUGAAAACAAAAUUAUGUUUUUUUUAAAAUACUUUUUUCAUUUCUCUCUCUCUCAUCUUCCUCACACACACUACAUCAAUGGCGAUUUCUUCGUCUCUCAUCUGUGGCUUCCACUCUCAACUCUGAUUUCUUUGGAUAAGAUUAUCAUCUCAUUCUCACAUAUCUCUAUCAUUUAUUUCACUCUCUCUCUUCCUCUCUUUUAGUUUCAAUAUCAUGUCUCAAAAAUCUAUUUCUCUUUCCUCAUUUUCGAUAUUUUAGAUCUGAGAAUAGCCUGACAAGCAGAAUAGGCUCUUAGAAGAAGAUUUUCAGCUAUUAAAGGUAUGGUUUUAUUUUUAAAAUAUUUGAGUAUGUAUGGGUAUUUAUGAUUUUGAAGGCCUUUUCGUAUUUCUCUUAUUUCUGCUAAUUAAAUUUUAAAUACAGUAGUUAAUAAGUAAGUAGUUGUUCUAGU